AUGUACGUCGCGGGAACGGCGCUCGUCGUUUGCUCCAGGUUCGGCCUCUUCUCCCCGCCGCUCUCGUCAGCCGCUGGCGGAGAUCCCAACGCUGGUGGCGUGACGAUCGACAACUACAUGACCACCCUGCCGCUCAAGAAAGGGCUCAGCAGCAGCGCGGCCGUGUGCGUUCUGGUCGUGCGUGCGCUGUGCCUCGCGUACGGUCUAGAGCUGACCGUUCCCCAGGUGAUGGAGCUCGCGCACCUGGGCGAGGCCCGCGCGGGCAGCAAGUGCGGGCGUAUGGACCAGUGCUGCGCACUUGGCACUAACCACGUGGCGGCCAUGUUCUUCGACGGGGAAGACGUGCGCAUCUACGAGGUGGCUCCGCCGGAGAGCGGGAUAUUUUUAGUGGUGGCCGACCUCAAUGGCUCCAAGGACACCAUCAAGAUACUGGCGUCCCUCAACCAGUGCUUCCCCCGCUCGAAGGACGACGCCGAGGAUAGAGUGCAUCGUUAUAUCAGGGACAACGCCCAGCUGGCCUGGAGGGCGGUAUCCGCGAUAGAGCAAGGGGAUGCUCAGGAGCUUGGCAGAGCCAUGACAGCGGCGCAGUCGAGCUUCGACGAGGCCGCGAUACCUAUCUGCCCUUCCGAGUUCUCCAGCCCUUUGCUGCACAGGGUCAUGUCAGACCAGAGAGUCAAGUCGCUGACGUGGGGGAUCAAAGGCGUCGGUGCCCAGGGGGACGGGAGUGUUCAGAUGCUGGCAAGAGGGCGGCGGGAGCAGGAGGAGCUUACGCUAGUGCUCCGGGAAAUGGGGAUGACCGGCGUCCUGCCCGUGACGGUGAUACGACCGACGUCGCCAAGCGGAGACGGGAGCGAGACUGCAACCGGGGUGGGCCAUCCAACCACCACGCCGCCGCCGCCGCCACCGCUACAAACUUCGAGCCUAGCACCGCCGCGCAUGCUGCACCCUCGCAGGGUCACGUCGGCGGUUAUCGUGGCGGCGGGACUCAGCACGCGCAUGUUCCCGGCGUCCGCGGUGGUUAAAAAAGAGCUCUUUCCGAUCGUCGACCAUGACGGAGUCUGCAAGCCGGUGAUCCUGGCCAUCAUGGAGGGGCUUGUGGAGUCAGGCAUCGAGAGGUUUGUCGUGGUUGUGCAGGAGAAGGACAUAGCGGUGUUCGACGACUUCUUCUCGAUGAAGGCCGUGGAGAAGCACAAGCACAGGUUGAAGCCCCCGCAACGAGCCUACUGCGCCAGGAUAGAGGCGCUCCGCCCGAGGAUAACGUACUCCGUCCAGGAGCAGCAGGAGGGCUUCGGACACGCCGUAUUCUGUGCGCGCCACGCCGUCCUCGGGACCGAACACGCCGGCUCGGGCGCGGCAGAGGCCGCCCUCGAAAACGGACGCCUCACCGGCGGCAGCAGCAGCAGCAACAGCAGCAGCGGGGAAGACCCGGAUUCGUCAUUCCUGCUGGUUUUGGGCGACCACCUGUACCGGAGAGGGGCGGGCACGACGGAGGCCUGCGCCAGCCAGCUCGUGCACGCCUUCCUGGAGCACGGGGAGGCGGGGAAGCCGGCGAUCGGGCUCAAGGUCAUGGGAGAGAGCUCGGUGUCUCCGUACGGCGUGGCGGCGGGACACUGCGUCGGGCACCCUCCCCAGCACAUCGUGGAGCGCUGGCACCGGGCCGCGGCCGCACCAACAAGGCUGGCGGGCGGGGCAGGCGGAAACGGCGCUCCGACGACAUCACCAUCGGCAGCAGCAGCAGCAGCAGCAGCAGACACUGAAGCCCAAAGACCGCCGCUUCCGCUUGCCGGGCGCGUGUACCGUCUUACGAAGUUCGCCGAGAAGCCAACGGCGGAAUUUGCGCGCGAAAACCUCGUCACGCCGGGCCUCGGGCCUGCAGGCGGUCAAGGCGGCGAGGGGAGACACCUGGUUGUGUUCGGACAGUACAUCUUGCCAGCCCGGCGCACGUUCAACAUCUUGGCGGAGGAUAUUAGGCUAGACCGCCGGGAAAGGGGAGAGUUUCAGCUGACGUCCGUGUUGGACCGCAUGAGGGAACAAGACGACGGCAUGCUGGGCUGCAUCAUUCAUGGAGACGCGUUGGACAUGGGAAUCCCAAACCCGUACGUGAACACCAUGGGCGCAUUCGCCAAGCCGCACAGCAGCAGUGCUUGAGACUCACGCACCACGGUUGAAUCGCGGGGGGGGGGGGGGCCCAAAGGAGAUGGAGAGGAAUUUUCUUUCUCGACGGGGGGGUCUUGCCACCGAGUAUACAUGACUUGUGGCGGUGCUUCCGCGUUUUUGGUGUCAUACGGUGUGGUGCGGCGAGAUAAACGCCUCUAGGAUAUAUGACAUUUGUAACCUUUUAAACAGUUAUUUUCCGGGUGGUCUUGCCCCUCUGUCGGAAGAGCUCCGACCCGCGGCCCAACAUCACUUUUCCUCUGCAGUGCAUGCCUUCAUUAUUAUCGCGAGGAGGGGUCAGUAGUCCCACACCUCCGGUACACUCGCGAACAAGCACUUUCCUAUGUGGAAGUGAUUGCUUUUCCGGACAAGCGACGCCGACGAGGCUCCAGCUACCCAGUUGGCGUUGUCCCCCCCGCACCCCCCCCUUUCGAGUACAUUGGCAGCCCUCGGUCAAGACGGCUAUCUAUUCAGAGAUGGUUUACAUGUUCUACACGUCAAGUUGGAGGUGUUGAGCGCGAAGUGGCAUAUGCACACGAAGUAUCUUGGAAUGCCGCCUAGUGGUAACAGCUGCGAGACUGUGUUUCUGUUUGUUUGUUUUUCUUUUUUAUGGGUUUCGCGAUAGCAUUGUUUCGAUUUCACCUGUGUUUUCCAGCUUAAUACCUGGGACGUUGUAAAAUCUAUUGUCGGCUCUC